CCCCAGCCCGGGCGCAGCGCCGAGCGGCGGGGCCGCCUUCUCCGCCUCCUCCAGCUCCUCCUCAGUGCCGAGGCAGCGGCGGCGGAGCGCGGCUUCCCCGCCUGCCCGCCGAGGCGAUGGCCGAGCUCAAGUCGCUGGGCGGCGAGGCGUACCUGGCGCUGGCCCCGGGCUACGGCCCGUCGGCUUUCGCCUACGGGGCUGUGCGCGGCGGCGCCGAGGGCCCGCGGGGGGCCUACCCGGGGGGCGGCGGGGCGGACUUCCAUCCCGGGGCGCUGGGCAAGUCGGCGGAGAGCAGCGGCGAGCAGAGCGGCGACGAGGAGGACGGCUUCGAGGCCGGGGUGAAGGGCGGCGCGGCCUUCGAGCGGGAGGGCAAGCUGAAGGGGGGGGCGCUGGGCAAGAAGCCCAAGGAGCAGCGCUCGCUGCGCCUCAGCAUCAACGCGCGGGAGCGGCGGCGGAUGCACGACCUGAACGACGCGCUGGACGGGCUGCGCUCCGUCAUCCCCUACGCCCACAGCCCCUCGGUGCGGAAACUCUCCAAAAUAGCCACCCUGCUCCUGGCCAAGAACUACAUCCUCAUGCAGGCGCAGGCCCUGGAGGAGAUGCGGCGGCUGGUGGCCUACCUGAACCAGGGCCAGACGCUGAGCGCCCCGCUGCCCGCCACCCUCAACCCCUUCGGACAGUCGGCCGUGUACCCCUUCGGCGGCGCGGCCUUGCCCGGCUGCCCCGAGAAAUGCACUGCCUUCACAGGAGCUGCUCUCUGCAAACACUGCACCGACAAGCCUUGACUUCUGGCUGCUUCGGGCUCUUUGGGUUUCCUUUUCUUUUUUUUUCUUUUUUUUUUCUUUCAGUGCACUUUUUUUUCCACUACCAUCAGCCCUGGCUUCCUACCAUCAGUUAAGUCUGGGUUUUCCUUUGGUUUCCUUCUUUUAAAUACUCCCCUCCUCCCCACACCCCAUUUGGAAAUAUUUGGCAGUUUACAUGGACCCCCAAAACACCCACUUUGAACUUUUGUUACACCCCCCACCUCCCCAUGCAACUUCAUCUGUAGAGUUAUUUCCUUCCCAGCCUGUUAGGGGACUGUCAGCAUAACAUUGUUUUUCCACGUGUGCUGACU